AUGUCUUUAAGGUUCCUUCGGUCAACUUCAAGUGUCAUUGAAUGCCACGUUGUUCUUCUUGAUAACUCACAGUUUGUCACAACAUUUGGCCAAAAGACAGUCGUAGGAAGAGAGCUUUUCGAUAGAGUGUGCGACAGACUUUUAGUUCCUGCAGGUAGUAGGCAGUAUUUUGGUCUACAGUUCAUAGAUGGCGCUGAUGGAGAUGUCAACUGGCUACAUCUGGAUAAAGAAAUCCGUCCACCCAGAAAAUCAAAUCAGGUUAUGUACCAGUUUGCAGUGAAAGUAUUUCCCAAAGACCCUCUUCACUUGGAUCAGAACAUGCAAAAACAGAUUCUUUUGCAGUUGAAAGGGCUGAUCAACAGAGGCAAGUUCAACCUGCCCGUAAGUAAACAUGCGUCAAUCGACGGCUUCUUCGCGCAAGCCAUGCUUGGAGAUUUCAUCCCCAAGCAACACAAGGCGGGUUAUUUAGAAGCUCUACUCGGAUUGUUUUACUGUCCUCCAACAGGUAUAAACUCCGAUGGGGAGAUAAGCGAGGAGAAUUAUGAGCUUAUGGUGCGGGAUUUGCAUAAAUCUCACCGCGGGAUGACGCGAGAGGAUGCUGUCUCGCAUGCUCUUGAUAUUUGUAAAGAGUUACCCAACUAUGGUGCCUGUGUGUACUAUGGAGGCACCGAUCUGGACAGUGGGGAUGAAGUUGUUUUCUGUGUUUCAAUUUACGGAAUGCGCAUCUGUCAGCCAAAGAACAAGUUUCCUGAAGUCGGCGAAGUAUGCCACUCCUUCAACUGGCGUGACAUUAUUUCCAUGUUGUGUGACAACUCAAAGCUCUAUAUUCACCUCACAGGAUCCGGUGACAACGAAGGUGAAAACAUGACGUGUCGCGCGUUUCGUUUCAGCAAAGGUUUGUACGGUUACAAGGUCGCCCAGCGCCUCCGAGAAGACGCCGAAAAUCACCAAAAGUUUUUCCUUGAAGACAAUCCUGAAAGAGCGACUAUCAUGAGAAGCCUCUCCUUGGAUGUGAAAUCCUUGAACAGGAUUCGUAGUCUGCGUUCAAGAUCAGUGGGAUCAGGCCGCCAGUUUCUUGGGGCUAAAAUGACACUUCCUUUUAAGAGACAAACAUCGAAUUAA